CAUGUAAACGGAGAAUACUAAUUAGUUUGCCAAGGCCUACAGUAAAACAUGUCUUAUUUCCUCGGCUGUCAGUGUAAAGCUAGGUAUAUUUCUUAAUAUCUAUACAUAUACAAGUGUGUGAGCGAUGGAAAAACAUUUAUUUGCCUCAAAUAUCAAACUUUCCGAUAGAUAUCGGGAGGAAGAACCUUCCAUGAAUAAAAACGACGCAUAGAAAUGUCAAAAGGAGCGUUGCUGUUUGCUGACUUGAGAUGGGAGCAAGCGCCUCGAUAUCUCUCUGUAGUGACUCGUCUGCUGUGAGAAUUCGGAAGCAAAAUGCGAAGAUUAGCCCCGAGCCAACUGUUCCAGACCCAGGCCCUGACACCAGUCCUGUCUUUGGGGUAACCCUUGAGAGGCUGAGAGAAGAUGGACAGCUUGUUUGUGGAGUGCCCCACAUGCUGCGACACAUGGUGGAUUUCCUGGACAGAAAUGGUGUGCAGCAGAGGGGUCUGUUCCGUCUGUCUGGCUCUGUGGUGAGGACCAGGCAGCUGAGGCUGAGAUUGGACAGGGGAGAGAGGAUGGAUCUUGAGGUGGAGGGGGAUGUCUCCACUGUGGCCUCCCUGCUCAAGCUCUUCUUCAGGGAGCUGCCCAGCCCCAUCAUACCAGAGCCUCAGCGCAAGGACCUGGUUCUCAGCCUCACAGAAUGUAAGAAUGAGGCAGAGUUGAUCGCGGCUCUGAAAGAGAAACUCAGCAGCCUACCUGUCGACAACCACAGCAUCCUGUCUUACCUCCUCCACUUCCUGUCAAGGGUGGCCUCUCACAGCCAAUCAAAUCACAUGCCCGUGGAGAACCUGGCCACAGUCUUUGGACCCUGUAUAUUCCAUGUUCCAUCAGGGCCUAGGAUGCUGGAAGAGCAGAAUGUGUGUAAUGCCCUGUUGCUCCACCUCCUUAGACAUCAAUCCGUUGUCUUUAUCUGUCCCCCGGACCUUCCACACCCCCCUCCUAGCCAGGACACCCCGUCACCACCCCCACCCCUCGCAGCCCUGUCCCAUUUUGAGGAGAGACUGGGGGGUCCUCCCAGCACCUCUCGGUCAGAGGAGAGUAACAGUGUAGGAAGGUUUGACGGAGACAGCACCACGUCAGAGACAGGAGGUCUUACGGCCAACACACCCAGAAAGGCAUGGACGCCAUCCAACCUGAACAGUCCUGAGACCUUGGACCUUGGCUCGGAACUCACCUCCCACACACAGCACCUGAUCCCAGACCUGUUGGAGGAUGUUGUGGAUGGAGAGCCUGGCUGUGUUCUCACCUGCUCUGCUUAUCCUAGACCAGCUGGGGAGCCUAGCCAACAGGAUGAGGAAGAUCCUGGAUCAGCUGGGGAGCCUAGCCAACAGGAGGAGGAGGAGGAUCCUGGACCAGCUGGGGAGCCUAACCAACAGGGGGAGGAGGAUCCUGGACCAGCUGGGGAGCCUAACCAACAGGAGGAGGAGGAGGAUCCUGGACCAGCUGGGGAGCCUAACCAACAGGAGGAGGAGGAUCCUGGACCAGCUGGGGAGCCUAACCAACAGGGGGAGGAGGAUCCUGGACCAGCUGGGGAGCCUAACCAACAGGAGGAGGAGGAUCCUGGACCAGCUGGGGAGCCUAACCAACAGGAGGAGGAGGAUCCUGGACCAGCUGGGGAGCCUAACCAACAGGGGGAGGAGGAUCCUGGACCAGCUGGGGAGCCUAACCAACAGGAGGAGGAGGAGGAUCCUGGACCAGCUGGGGAGCCUAACCAACAGGAGGAGGAGGAUCCUGGACCAGCUGGGGAGCCUAACCAACAGGAGGAGGAGGAUCCUGGACCAGCUGGGGAGCCUAACCAACAGGAGGAGGAGGAUCCUGGACCAGCUGGGGAGCCUAACCAACAGGAGGAGGAGGAUCCUGGACCAGCUGGGGAGCCUAACCAACAGGAGGAGGAGGAUCCUGGACCAGCUGGGGAGCCUAACCAACAGGAGGAGGAGGAUCCUGGACCAGCUGGGGAGCCUAACCAACAGGAGGAGGAGGAUCCUGGAUGUCCCAGGGGAAGGACAAGGUCACAACAGGAGGAAGACCCGGCCACCUCCUCCAGCAUAAAGGAGGAAGAGGACGAGGAGACGGAGAGGGGCACAACCCCUUUAGCCAUCUGUGGACUCAUGGACCACAGUAAAGAAGACUAUUACCAGGAUCAUGACCCCUCCAGCUCUGAGCGCUCCAGGAGUGUAGCAGUGAGCUGGCAGGCUCAGGACACCCAGAAUCAAGACCAUCACAAAGACAGCAUGACCCGAUUACAGAUGGCCGAUGGAAUAAACCUGUCUGACUCUGAAAAGAGCCCAACCCUCAAGCAGCAAGCUCUGGAGGCUGAGCUGUGCCCUUCGCCCCCCGGAACCCCCCAGGAGGACCUGGAACACCCCCCUUGUACCAAAGACUACCAGAGCCUAACCCCAACUCCCCACUCCCUCCCAAAACAGGAACAGGACAUCAUCAGCGCCUCACUGACAGCCAGUCCGGUCCAGAGACCCUCCGUGUCGCUCUCUGAGGGCAGUAGCAGUGAAUGUCUGAUGACCCCUGGUCCCAGUCCUCUCCUCCAGCGCCUCGCGGCGGGUGACUGUCCCGUACCAUCCCCCCGCAGCCACAACCUCAGCCAGGGCCACCGCUUUAACACGGACCCUGAAACAGCCCCCUCCCCACCCUGCUCACAACACAUCAGGAUGGCUCACUACACAGUGAGGACUGAACCAGCAGAGGGCGCUAACAAGGCCCCAUCGGUCACGAUGCUCAACAGACACAUCCAGAACCUGAGGAAGAGGAUCAGACGCUUCGAGGAGCACUUUGAGCAAGAGAGACAGUACAGGCCAGCACACAAUGAUAGGACUGCCCAUCCUGAGGUGUCUAGGCUGAUGCGGGACCUCACCAAGUCUCGAAAGCAGCUCAAAGAGCUGAAGCUGAAACAGUGUGCAGAGGGGCUCAGAGAGCAGCAGAGAGGAGGGAACACAGGGCCAUGCAGGUCCACCAGUGACCCCCAGGGGGCGAUGGAGCACUACCACAACAGUAACAACAAACCCUCACUUGAGGAGACUGUCGAUAGCCUGAUCAAGAGACUGAUGGAGAAACGAGAGGAGGAGGGACUGCCAGAUAACAUCAAGGAGAUGACUCCGGCUCAGAUGGCUGUGGAGAAGGUCACCCUGCAGAAGUGUCUACUCUACUUUGAGAGCCUGUAUGGGCGACCGAGCACCAGACAGGAGAAGACUCUGAUGAAGUCUUUCUAUGAUCGCUACCGCCAGGUCAAACAGCAGCUCCUGUGUCCCCCCACCACCAUCCCUGUCAUCACCACCAUAGAGGAAGAGGAGGGUUCUGAUGAAGAGUGUGUGAAGGACAGCCCCUGGCUACCUCAUACAGCGCUGCGCUGUGUGUCUUCAGAUGAGUCACUGCGUCUGCCGCAAAAUGAGGUGACCAACAUGCCUCUCGUGUCACCUCUGGAGGAGCUCAAAGGUCUACAGCCACCCAGCGUCACCACGGCAACACUGCACGAGGCAUCAAGGUCAGAGUUACUGGAGCAGCUGAGGGUGACGCGAGCUGAGAAGAAGAGACUCCGUUCAGUACUCCGAGACUUUGAGGACCACUUCUACACACAGACCGGCAGGGCUGCCCAGAAAGAGGACCGCGGGCCCAUGGCAGAGGAGUACUGCGAGUACAAGAACCUAAAAGCUAAACUCCGCUUGCUGGAAGUCCUGCUCAGUAAACGGGAUACUCCAAAGACUGUCUGAGCUUCCUUCACAGUGGGACUUUUAUUUUGAAACAGUUUUUUUUUGGCUCACUUAUAGGAUACAUUUUUUUCUGAACACAUUUCAAAGUGAGAUACCGGUGCUUACAUGGUGAUGCACUUUAAAUGACUUUGAUGUUGACUGACUCUCACUUUGGUUAAGAGUGAUGGCAAGAUGAUCCGAGAGUUGAUGGGCAACAUCCAGCUAUUUUUAGUCCCUUAACAAGUCCUUUGUUAUUCAUGACAAAUUAUAAUUAUUUUAUGCAACUGAUGUAAUUAUAAUAUUUUAUGCAACUGAUGUAGCGAGUGUAACACUUUCAUUUUAAGGAAAAAAGAGAACUAACAAAUCACAGUUGAUGUUAGAUAAAUGUUAUCAAUUUCUAAGCUAUUUUAUGGCACUUUAUUGUUACUUGCAUUUUGUUCUCGCCAAACUAAUGUCGGUAUAACAGGUACCUACAUGGUCUACUACGUUAAAAUGCUGCGCUUUGAAAAGUGCAAUCUUGGCAAGGAGGAUAUGUCAUCCAAAUACACAAUCUGACAAUCCUGUAGAAUGUUUGUGCAUGUCAAUCAGUUUUUAGUCCCACAUUGUACUAUGAUAUGUAAUAGUUCAUAGUUGAUAUGAUGAAUUGUGGCAAUUCAAGUUAUACAUUACCUUGAAAAAAAAAAAGUGUGAAUGUUGGCAUUGUGCAAGUUACUCCUGCAGUCAAAUCUGUGUUCUCCUUUUUGUGUUUUUCAUCCAAAAAUGCCAUUAUUUAAUAGGAUCAGAGCUCUUGACAUUGUGCACUUCUGGUUUAUAUAUGUGUAUAUAUCAGUCAAAAAUAAAUAUUUUUUCACAUUUA